GCUUCUACUUGAACAAUAAGAAGUUUUUUUUCAUACCAAUUCAAUAAUGAACGUAUUAAAAGAAAACCUUUGAACACCUGAAGAGAAAUGCAUAUUUAACUUUGACACGUCCGACGUUUGUUUCCGGGUGAAGAAGACAGGAAAGAGACUGCCUGACCUGCUAACCCGUGAUUGACAUGGCUGCCAAUGGAGCAAGCUGUGAACAGCCUCAGAAACGUGGAGGAGCUAAAGACAGACACAAUGGCAAGUCUACAGACUCCUCAGUAAGAGAGAGGCGACAGAAAGAAAAGGAGGAUCGCCUGUCGCUGGUGGUAUGGAGGAGGCCUGUCACCACACUACAUUAUUUCCUCCUAGAAACCCUCGUCAAGCUAAAGGAGUGGACACUUAAGCUUUGGCAACGACGAGGUGCGGUGUUCUUAGUUUUGGUGUUAUGCUCUCUGUUCUCCAUUGCCUACUCCACUGAGGGAACACACCAACAAUAUGUUGAGUAUCUGGAGAAGAAGUUCCUGUGGUGUGCUUACUGGGUAGGCCUUGGGAUUCUGUCCUCAGUAGGCCUCGGGACUGGCCUGCACACCUUCCUCCUCUAUCUGGGUCCUCACAUAGCAUCAGUUACCCUGGCAGCAUACGAAUGCGGCUCCACAGACUUUCCAGAGCCUCCAUACCCAGACCAGAUUGUUUGUCCCCAUGGUGGAGGGCUGGAAGGAAACAUCUCCCUCUUCUCAAUCAUGUCAAAGGUCCGCCUGGAGGCCUGCAUGUGGGGGGCAGGCACUGCUAUUGGAGAGCUGCCUCCAUAUUUCAUGGCCAGAGCGGCUCGUCAGUCAGGAGCCGAUCCAGAUGAUGAAGACUAUGAGGAGUUUGAGGAGAUGCUGGAGCAGGCUGAAGGCGCUCAGGAUUUCGUCACAAGAGCCAAACUAGGAGUCCAGCAUAUGGUGCAGAGAGUGGGAUUUUUUGGGAUCUUGGCUUGUGCCUCUAUCCCUAAUCCUCUCUUUGACCUGGCUGGAAUAACUUGUGGCCAUUUCCUGGUUCCCUUCUGGACGUUCUUUGGGGCAACUCUAAUCGGGAAAGCCAUCAUAAAGAUGCACAUACAGAAACUAUUUGUGAUCAUCACUUUCAGCAAGCACAUAGUGGAGCAGAUGGUGUUACUCAUUGGGUCUGUGCCCAAAGUGGGGCCAGCACUCCAGAAGCCCUUCAGUCAGUACCUGGAAGCACAAAGGAACAAGCUGCACGAUGCUGGAGGAAGUGCACCAACGGAUGAGAACUGGCUGUCAUGGGUGUUUGAAAAGGUGGUACUGGUCAUGGUCUGCUACUUUGUCACUUCCAUUGUCAACUCCAUGGCUCAGAGCUACGCCAAACGCCUGCAGCAGCAGAGGCACUCAGACGAGAAAACCAAGUGAUGACGACACAAAGUGGUACAAACAUCCAAGUGACUCUUUCCUCCUGCUGCUGCUGAGAAAAGCCUCCACUCGGCCCCAGCCAGUCACAACUUAACAACCCCCCUCCUCCUCUCCAGUCAAAUCCAUUGUCAGAGGCUGAGCGCUAAAAAAAAAAAACAGGCACUAUUUGUUGGUGUGUGUUUUGAAGGAUGUAUGUAUUUACUGUUUGUCCCUCUUCUUCAGGUUUUGUAGUUCUUCCUCUCAUCUCACUCUGUUAGUGUGUGUAGUGUGAUUGGUUCCUUUCUGAUCUUAACUUUAAUGUUAAAUUAACCCAUUCAUUGACCUCAGAAGUAAAGCAGCUGUUGGUAACUGCUGUGUUCAGGCUUUGACCAUCAGAUGCUAUGCCUUAUGCAAAACGGGAGGGUCUGACCUCCGGGAAUAUAGUUCUUGACUUCUAAACUUGAUUUUUAUUUAAUUUUUGUACCAUAAAUGUAUGGAUGGAUCUUGACUUGUUUGUGCAGUGUGCUGCCAGGAUAACUGCUACUUGUGGUUUUUAUUUUCAGGGUUUAACUCUUCAUGUAUUUGUCCUGUUGAACAGUAAGAACAAGGGUUUUGUUUUUUUUGUUUCUGGAAUUGUCAGUUUAAAAUGACAGAGAAAAAGCAAUAUCAACUUUGCGGUGUGGUAUUGACGGUUUGCACAUUGUGUAAAUAUCUUAAUAUCUUUUUUGACAGUAUGCGCAGAUGUGUUUCUAUGCUAAUGGUCUAUGUGGACAUAAGUUGACUUGAACCAAAACAAGAAAAAACAAAUAUCAUUUGUAAAGUAACAUUGUACUCUCAGCUUACUAGUCCCAUUUCUAUUCUGUACAUUUAGGUCGAAAACUUGGAACGGAUCACAUAAAAAAACAUGUAAAUCAUGGCUUGUUUUGUC